UUUUAUCAGUUCCAAUAGGUUUUUGUUCUUAGAAUGAGUCAAGUUCAAGUGCACCGUCUCGACUCUGCCACUUUUCCAGUUGCUCGUCUCAUUUUGGCUAAACUGGCAAUUUUUUUACUUUUAUAUUAAGUGUAGUCGCUAAUUUAAUGAAAUUGGAUGAAACUGUGUCAGUGUACAGUUUUAAUUUUAACGAUUCCGAUACGUGUCUUUUCAUAUAAGUAUGUAUAAUUAUUAUUAAGUGAUAGAAGUGGUUGGACGAAAAUAUGUGAUAAAUUUACAUUUGGAAAUGUAGUUACAAAGACAAAAAAGUGAUUUAUUAAUAUUCUAAAACUGUGCUGUUAAAAAAACUGACCUGUGUUUGCUGAAUAAACUAAUUUCGAGUAUUAUAAAAAUAAGUAAUGAGCGGGAUAACGGCAGAAAUACUGGAAUUAGGGGCUGCCACAAGUUCGAAUCUAGGAAUUAUUAUUCCAGCUUUAGUGGCAGCUAUGGCAUACUUUCAAUACGAAUUAUUAGACCCUGAAGCUAGACCUAUAGAUGUUCCAACAGAUCAACUUCUGGACAAGUACGACUUUAUUGUAGUGGGAGCUGGAUCAGCAGGGGCUGUUGUGGCAAAUAGACUGAGUGAAAUCGAGCAGUGGAAAGUGCUACUGCUAGAAGCAGGAGGCGAUGAAACGGAAAUAUCUGAUGUUCCUUUGAUGGCUGGAUAUUUGCAAUUAUCGCAGCUGGAUUGGCAAUAUAAAAGCGAACCACAAGGACAAGCUUGCUUAGGUAUGAACAAUGGUAGAUGUAACUGGCCAAGAGGUAAAGUCAUAGGAGGAUCGUCUGUUCUCAACUACAUGCUGUAUCUUCGAGGCAACAAAAAAGACUACGACAUUUGGGAAAGCCUUGGCAAUCCUGGAUGGGGCUCGAAAGACGCUUUGCAUUAUUUCAAGAAAAGCGAAGAUAACCAAAACCCGUAUCUUGCUAAAACACAUUUCCAUAGCAAGGGCGGAUACCUUACAGUAUCGGAACCUCCAUUUAGGACUCCUUUGGUGGCUGCUUUUAUCGAAGGAGGAAAACAGCUUGGCUACAAAAACAGAGACAUCAACGGCCAAUACCAGACAGGGUUCAUGAUGGCUCAAGGAACAGUUAGACAUGGAUCCAGAUGUUCAACUGGAAAAGGUUUCCUAAGACCGAUCAGGUUGCGUCCAAACCUUCAUGUAGCAAUGAAAAGUCACGUCACCCGAGUUCUAAUAGAUCCCAUCUCCAAGGUAGCUUUCGGAGUCGAGUUUAUUAGAGAUGGAAAGCUGCAUAGAGUGAGAGCUACCAAAGAGGUGAUACUAUCGGCUGGAGCAGUAAACAGUCCACAGCUUUUGAUGUUGAGUGGAGUCGGUCCAAGUAGCGACUUGGCACUUUUGAAGAUUCCAGUAAUUCAAGAUUUAAAAGUUGGGCAUAAUUUGCAAGAUCAUAUUGCCUUAGGAGGACUAGUUUUCACCAUAAAUAAGCCGGACUCUAUUCUGUUGGACCGAAUUUAUUCCGUGGGGUCCUUAAUGCAAUAUGCUGUAUGGGGCAAAGGUCCUCUAACAAUUAUGGGAGGAGUCGAGGGGUUAGCAUUUGUGAACACAAAAUAUGCAAAUGCAUCUGAUGAUUUUCCAGAUAUUGAAUUUCACUUCGUAAGCGGCGGGCCACAUUCAGAUAAAGGAGCCCAAAUAAAAAAAGCCCAUGGCCUUUCCGAUGAAUUUUACAAUUCCGUUUUUAAGCCCAUAGAAGGACAGGAUGCAUGGGGGGUAAUACCUAUGCUUUUACGACCUCGGAGCAAAGGUUUUAUAAAAUUGCGGAGCAAAAAACCUACCGAUUACCCACUGAUAUACCCCAAUUACUUCGACGACGAAUUCGAUAUGAAAACUUUAAUUGAAGGUGUCCGAAUAGGAGUUGCGCUAAGUCAAACUCCUGCAUUCCAAAACUACCAAAGCACAUUUGUCAAAUAUCCUCCAUGUGAACAUUUAACCCGACAUUCUGAUGACUAUUACGAAUGCAUGAUCAAACUCUACUCAGCAACUAUAUAUCAUCCGGUCGGCACAGCAAAAAUGGGCCCCAUUUGGGACAAGGAUGCAGUUGUGGAUCCCCAGUUGAGGGUUUACGGAAUAAAAAAUUUGAGAGUGAUAGAUGCAAGUAUAAUGCCUAAUCAAGUAAGUGGAAAUACGAAUGCUCCCGUGAUAAUGAUCGGAGAAAAAGGAGCCGACCUAGUAAAAGAAUUUUGGCUGAAAGCGGCAAAACUGAGUAGGAUUUACAAAACUUUAGAGGGAAUUUAAAGCAUGCCGCUCCAAGACUUUUUGGAACUUGCUUAAUGACUGAUGAUGAAUUAAUAAAUGCAUCUCAACUUUUCACUUAGAUGGUAAAUGCCUGAUGAAAUUCGUAUUCUAUUGAUUUUUGAUUUGUGAUAAAGGGCCAUUAUUUUUGUAAAAAUACAUUAUCAAAUCAA